CCAGGAUCUUCGCCUACUGGGAAACCACGAGAAAUAGGACGUCGAUGUUUUCACUUCUAAAAUAAAGAUCGUCAACGACUCUGGUCACUUAAAACCUACACUAUCAUGGGUAUCAUCAGCUUCUUUGUAUUUGUUUUUAUUUCGGCAUUUGCCCAUGCGCAGGAAGUUCCUAUUCCUCCGCGCACCCUGGGGUAUGUAUACGCCUAUGGAACAGGAACUAACCUCACCGCUGUGACAAUCGACGCCUUCUUUGAUCCGCUGUGUCCCGACAGUAAGCAGGCUUUUCCUACGCUGUUACAGGUGGCUAAUCACUACGGACCGGAUGUGCUUACGCUCCGUCUUCAUAUGUUCCCAUUGCCUUACCACAGGAAUUCAUUUCUUGUAUCAAUGGGCACAGAGGUAAUUAACCAGAUGUCGACCUCUCCCAAUGGUGUGUACGACUGGGCUAAACGUGUAUACGACAACAUCUACUCACUCUCCAACCCGGCAACUCACACGCGAUCAGAGGCGGACGUUACCAACAUGCUUGGCGAUAUAGCCGCCCAGAUGGGUCUACAGAAAACUACAUUUCUUCAGAAGAUAGCUGACCCAUGGGUCGACAUGCACGUCCGUAUGGACUGGAAAUACGCAUGCACGCGAGGAGUAUCCGGCACACCGCUGUACGCCAUCAAUAACGUCGUGAAGCUCAUUGACAAAGCUUGGAAUUUGCAUGAUUGGAUGAAAAUCAUUGAUCCGCUCGUUCAGAAUUCUUACGUUUUCCAUGUUCCAACGUGAAACACAUCAGCUAGAGUAAUUCCUCGGAUGAACAAAGCACUCAGAAAUGUGAUGUGAUAUUUUUCUGUUUUAUUUCAAUAAAAAGUAUAAAUGUUAAA